AUGCGAGGCGAAUGUAUCCUCCGACCUACAAUAUCCGGUGUAGUCAAUGACCUCCAGAUCAUAAAACUCCUCGAGCUCCUAAAAACAAAAACAACCGAAUCUCCAUACUCCCUUGCCAAAUGCCUCUGUACCAUAAAGGCAGUCUUCUCUAAACCAUAUUUUCCAACAACUGUCUUUGGGAAACGCAAGACAGUUUCAUUCGACUUUUCUGGAAUGUCAUAUAUAGUAGAAUUCACUGCGUGUGCUGAAGCGCACUCGCAAGACAUAAGAUGCAUGGAUGUGGAUAACCCGCAUAGAGAUGAUCAAAUGGUACGGUUUGUGACAAUACUCAAGGAUAAAGUUCGGGAAUCCCCGAUUACAAUGGCGACUUUGCUCGCCUGCAUCAAGUCAGUCUUGGAGUCAUCCGGCAUCAAAGAGCGGCUCUUUCCAAACAGGAUAAGAUUUAAUCAUGGCGAUGAUACCCCUUUUCGAGAAUACGUCGUCGAAUUCAACUCUUCGUGUGAUCGAACGUUUUCCGAGCACGAAACCAAUGGAAAUAUGGUUGGAAUUGUGUCAAUGACGGGUGCAAUGGAUCAUUAUCGUGGGAAUUUGUCGAAUAUAAAGAGAAAGAGAGGAAGCGAUGUUCAUGAAGAAGAGGAUAAUUUCGUACAUCACAACAUGCCCAUGAAAAGGCGGGCUGCGGAUAAGCAUAAAGCACCGCCUUUGAGUUGCGAAGCAGUAAAACGUCUAUUCAGCUCAAUAUCCAAACAAACGCUUCUUCAGCGUCUCGAAGAAUCAAAAGCCCUCAUUUCCUCCAUCACCGAGUCUUACUUCAACAUCAGACAGUCAUCCAAUGCUAAAUCGCCUACCUCCUCUUCACGUCUAAACCUUCUUUGCCACCUUUUGCAAUCACCGCCAACAUCCCGCAUAGAUGGAAUUUCAUCAAAAGUGUUCUCGAAUUUAGAAUUAUAUAAACUAUUUACAACUUACAAUGCAUACAAGGAAGAUUUGGCUAAACUUGCGCAGACGGAAGCACCGAGUCCGGCAAAAAAGGUUCAAGAAUUCACACAAACUUCAACAGAAGCGUCAGUAAAAUUUCCCACAUAUUCCAGCUUUAUCGAUCCAACAGUAACACUUCACAUCAAAGAACAAACUGGCGGGCGAGAAGUAGGCAAACAUCGUCUCAAUUGCGCGUGGCGUCUAUCUAUUCUUUGUGAACUUCUUGGCAAGGGUGUCUUACUUAUGACCAAAGAACUUUCCGGUGCAAAGCUCGAGCGUAUUCUUGUCGAAGAGUUUUCAAAGUUAACCGACUUUCUGAAAAAUCCCGACAACCAUGACUGGGUAGCACAGGUGAAGGAAAAGUUGGAUCUCCCUGGGUUUGAUGACGUAUACGCGCCAUUGGCAGAGGCGGAUAUUGUAUAUGCGCCAAUUGAAUCUGUUGAUAUUUCCGAUACGACUACUGCCGUAAAUGAUAAAGAAGAUGUUAGAAAUAACACGAUCAUGGACACUUCUGAGAGUGUUUCUAGUGUAUCUCCAGUACCUCAGAGACAGCAGCAGCUACCAUUGGCUCUGGAGCCAGAUGAAGAGAGGACGGAGAUUCCAGAUGUGAUUAAAACAGAACCGCUGGCGAACGUCAAUGCAGCAUCCGUUACUAGUGUAAACAUAUCAACGUCUAACGCGACGCCCCUCACUUGGGUCAAACAAAAUAAUAUCGCAGGGACUUAUUGA